CGCGUUUGCGCAAACUACUGUUACUGAAUACGUCCCGUCAGGGUCUACGACUAUUUAUACUACUAUUACUCCGUCGCCCCAGCAGGAGUCUUCGGGAAGUGAAUCGGGAACGUCAACCACUACAGAAUAUACGAACGCUACCACCACUGCCACCGAAUACACUAAUACUACGUAUACCACAACUACGGUGACUCCAUCGACCACGGUAACCCUUGUGGAGACUCCGACUGUUACGGAGACUAGUUACACUACGAUUACCGUCACUCCCACCACCGUGACCGCUACACAGACGGCUAGUUAUAACGUCACCGAGACCGAAUACACUUCCAGUCCUACAACUACGGUUUUAUACACAACUGUCACGAAGAGCGAGACGGACGGAACAUCAGCUACCGCUACUGCUCGCAGAUUUGCGGUGAGGGAUGCUGAUACCAAUGGUGCCGCUGUUGUGCACCGCAAUCAGUACGAGACAGUAGCCAUCAGCUUGCUUACCACUGUCGUUUUGGCAUUAGUUGGUGCU